UUCACUGUGGUUGUCGUUGUCCUGAUAGGACACCUACUAUCCAAGCGUAAUGUGCACAAAUAUGCAAUAACUCUUUGUGCCUGUCGUCCCGACAGGCCAAAUUCCAUUAGUAUUUUGUCGUCUACAAACCAAAUCCCUCUGCUAAUCACUAAAGCCAUG